AUGGAAGUGGGCGGUGGAACCAUCCAACUUCUCACCUACAAGGGAACUCAUGUCCAAAAUCAAUUUUACUACGAUUGGAUCACGUUGUCUACAUGGAAGUCGGGCAAUGGCGAAGCAGCCACCAGAGAGUUGGUUCGGUGCGGCUCAGCAGCACCAAUUUUCUGGAAAGAGAAGAGUCUGCUCGGCAACUAUGAUAUUGACGCCCAGAAGGCUUCCUUUGUAGAAGCUAACAAGUUCUGCGAGGUGAGCGAUGCCUCAACUCUUGGCAAUAUGCUUGUGCUCGUUCGGAAUACUGGAGGCGGUCCACCUGGUUGCUCCUGCGCACAGUGCAUGUUGGAAAACAAAGCAUCUCAAAAACCGCUCAUGGUAAACGAUUGGGGCGAUUUCAUCUGUGGAGGACCCUGGCCGACAGACAAGUGA